GUCAUCCAUAAAGACUUUUUAGCUUGCAUUGCUCUCUUUUCUCUCCCACCAUCUCCUAGCCACCUCAAAACAUGUCCGAGUCGAAGGGUCGUGUUCUGCUCGCCUACUCUGGAGGCCUCGAUACUUCGUGCAUCUUGGCGUGGCUCAUCGAGCAGGGCUACGAAGUCUACGCGUUCAUGGCUGACGUCGGCCAGGAGGAGGAUUUCGAGGCUGCCCGCAAAAAGGCCCUUAGUGUUGGUGCCAAGAAAUUCUUCUUGGAGGACCUCAAGCGCGAGUUUGUUACUGAGCUCAUCUACCCUGCUGUUCAGGCCAACUGCAUCUACGAAAAUGUCUACCUUCUCGGAACCUCACUCGCCCGUCCUGUCAUUGCUCGUGGCAUGAUGGCAAUUGCUGAUCGUGAAGGCUGCGAUUUCGUUUCGCAUGGUUGCACUGGCAAGGGCAAUGACCAGGUCCGUUUCGAGCUUGCGUUCUACGGCCUGAAGCCAGACAUCAAAGUCAUUGCCCCAUGGCGUAUCCCCGAAUUCUACAACCGCUUCGCUGGUCGCCAGGCACUGCUCCAGUUUGCCUCUGAGAAGCAAAUUCCUGUUCAGCAAACCGCCGCCAAGCCAUGGUCGACUGACGAGAACCUAUUCCACAUCUCUUACGAGGCCGGUAUUCUUGAGGACCCCAACACCACCCCUCCCGAUGACAUGUGGAAGUUGACCGCUUCCCCAGAGAACGCACCUAACACUCCUGAACGCAUCUCUAUUGAGUUUAAGCGCGGCCUGCCCGUCAAGGUCACCGUGCCCGUCGAGAACAAGGAGUAUACCGACCCGGUCGACGUCUUCCUCGCGCUUAACGCACUCGCCCGCAAGCACGGUAUUGGCCGUAUCGAUAUUGUCGAGAACCGUUUCAUUGGCGUCAAGUCCCGUGGCUGCUACGAAUCGCCGGCCGCAACCAUCCUCCGUGUCGCGCACAUGGACAUCGAGGGCCUCACCCUCGACCGCAACGUCCGUGCGCUGCGUGACCAAUUCGUCACGGUCGAGCUGGGCAGAAUCCUCUACAACGGCCACUGGUUCACCCCCGAGCGCGAGUUCGUCGUAAGCUCGAUCCCCGCCAGCCAGCGCACUGUCAACGGUGUCGUCCGUCUGAAGCUUUACAAAGGCAACGUCGUUGUCGAGGGCCGUUCCUCCGACGAGGGUCUGUACGACGAGAAGCAGUCGUCCAUGGAUGAGCUCGGUGGCUUCGAACCGACCGACACCACCGGAUUCAUCCAGAUUGAGUCCAUCCGUAUCAAAAAGUGGGCACAGUCCAACAUUCGCAAGGGCCAAUCUGGCAUUGAGCCCAAAGAUGUCUACGGCACCCGCGUCUAGAUUCUCUGCACCAAAAUCACAAUCGCUGUAUCAUGCUAUCGCACCUGCUGUAUAGUAGAAUGUUUGUUGUAACUGCAUUUUCUUGUUUGUGGAGUAUCACAGUAUUUUUGACCUUGG